AUGUCUUCGAAAGCAAAACGUUCAAAGGCUCAACGAGAACAAGCGAUUCAUGUCGAUGCUUCUGCAGAUGAGACAUUUGAUACUCACAGUUCCACUAAUGCGACGUCUUCGAAUUCUUCGAACCCGCAUGUUUCUAUUCGUCAAAUGGAAAAGGAUUUGUUGCAAUCUCUUAAUGACCGUUUAGCUGGUUAUAUAGAGCGUGUCCGCACGUUGGAGACUGAGAACACUCGUCUGCAGGUGCAGAUCAACGAAGUAGAGAUUGUUGAGCGCAAGGAGAAGGAAAGCCUCGCUACUCGUUAUGAUGUUAAAAUUGAAGAGCUGCGCAAGCAGCUUGAAUAUCUGACACGUGACAAGGCUAAGUUACAAAUUGAGCAUGACAAGGCGACCAGUGGCUAUGAAGAACUCAAAUCUCGUGUUCCCCAACUGGAGCGAGACUUGAAGAAGGCGGAAAAGGACAAGUUUUCUGCAUAUGAUGAGAUUCAUAAUUUGAAUGCGCGUUUAACAAAUGUUGAUUCAGCACGUGGACAACUUGCUGAGGAAAAUGAUCUAAAAACUGAUCUCUACAGCGCUGAGAAACAAGUCGAACUGUUACGUCGCCAACUUGAGGAUGAAGUCUUGUUGCGAACUGAAUUGGAAAGUCGUUUGCAGACCGCACGAGAGGACUUGGAAUUUUCUCGUCGGAGUCAUGACAAUCAAAUCGAGGAGUUGCGUCGUAAACGUCAAGUUGAAAUGACUCAUUAUGGUGAGGAGGUUCAGCACAAAUACGAAGCAAAACUCCAGGAGCAGUUACAUGCAAUGCGAACCGACUUUGAUUCCAGAAUUGCUGCACAACGCGCGGAUGUUGAAGACAUGUUUCAUGCAAAGUUGGUAGAAGCCAAUAAUCAGGCCGCCAAAUAUCGGGAAGCUUCUGCUCGUGCUCGUGAAGAGGCGACUUCUCUUGCUGUUCAAAAUCGGGAAUAUGAACGUACAACAAAAGACCAUCAAGGGAUUGUUGAUGGGCUUACUCGUCGUAUUAAGGAACUGGAAGGAACCCUGCGCAGAGCGCAUGAAGAUGCCGAAAUUCGGAUUCAACAACGAGACGAGCAAAUUGCUCAGUUAAAAUUGGAAAUCGCAAAUCUUACAUCAGACUAUCAGGAUGCGCUUGAUUUGAAAGUUAAACUGGACACUGAAUUGCAUGCUUAUCAGCAAAUGUUGGAGCAGGAAGAGACUCGAUUGCGUAUCACUCCAUCAGGCAGCCCGAAUACUUCGGCUGCGACCUCUAAUUUGAGUGCUACGAUGUCAUCUACACGUGUUGGCCUUCGAUCUACACCUUCUGUAUUCAAUGGAAGCGGCGGUGGUGACGUUUUUAUGGUUGGAUCACAACGUGGAACAAAGCGUCGUCGUGUAAACCAAGAGGAUUUUGUUAGCAUUGGUCAAUCGGCUCAAAAGUGGACGACUACUGGCGAUGGAGUGGGUGACUUAAUCAUCGAGGAACAUGACACUGAUGGUAAAUUCAUUCGGCUUUACAAUAAGGGAGAUGAAACUAUCUCUGUUGGCAAUUGGGUAGUUCGAUCAACAGCUGGAGAAAUUGAGACUACAUUCAAGUUUCCUUCGCGCGCAAAGAUUUUGCCAGGAAAACAUGCUACGAUUUGGUCUAGUAAUGCGAAUGCUGAACACCAACCGCCAAACAGUUAUGUCAUGAAAAACCAGAUUUGGCCACAUGAUCGCUGCAUUCGUACGGAACUUUUGAAUCCUGACCGUGAAGUUAAUGCUUGGCGUGAAUCGGUUUUAAAUCAGAGUUUUAAUGGAGUUCAAUAUGGAUCUGAUUCCGACAAGAAUUGCGUUAUUAUGUAA